AUGCCGACGCUUGCAGGAAUAACAAAUCUAGACCCUGAGGAAACCCUGAGGUUGUGGCGCGCGGAACAAGAGCAGCAGCAUCUGGACGCCGACCAAACGAUCGCCCUAUGGAAGAAAUUUAAAAAAGAGCAUCACUCUAUCGAGAGCUUCAUUGGCCACGUCAAGCAGCUAAUCGAUCUGUGGCCACAAGCGAAAUGUGCAGGAGUCUGCAGGAAAAAUCACUCUCGGUUUCGCAGUGUAUUCAACACAGCGAUUGGUGAUGCUAAUGACUACGCUGGAGACGGGAUUGCGGAAGGCUGGAAUUCCCUUGCGGCAAUGUUCACGAGCCCUCAAAGCAAUGAAGCCGCUGCGGAAGCAGCAGCGCGAACAGCGGCAGAAAGGGGCGAUAGCGACGGAGUGGCUGAAGUAGCACUCCAUCGUCCAACCGGGCACAGCACUGAAGAAAAGCUGCACGGGCACGACGCGAACCACGCGCUCUCAUGCAGCUGCAAAAAAGUGCACGCCAAGCCUCAUUCUAACGAUGAUAUGGAGACUCAAGAACUGCAGCACAAGCUGAGCCGAAAAGUGGCACAGCUGACCAAAGUUAUUUUCCAUCUUAACGUGAAGCAUGAAGAGAACGACGCAUAUGUCAAGGCGGUAGCCGAGGCGUACGAACGAGAGGUGGAGAGCAUCGUGGCGGACGUGAACAUUAAGCUUCGGUCAUGCGUUGACGCCUUCGAGGGGCAGCAACAGCAACAGAUCACUGAACAGGAACUGGAAAAUGUGCUGGGGCAGCUUCAGGCGACGAAAGAAAUUCUCGUUGCGGACGCACAGAGCUAUCAUCGGCAGUGUGUAGACAGCGUCGAAAAAUGCAAAGAAGAAUACGCGAGUCGUGCGCGCGAGUACGCGGAGGAAGUGGCCGCGGCGACGGAGGAAACGAGGCGGUGGACGUCGCAGAUGAAACAAGCAUUGGAGAGCCUGAAUGCCAACCGCAAUGAGUUGUCCCAGCUUCCUGUGGAAAGGAAAAAAGACUUCAGUCUGCAAGCAGAUGUGAAGCGGCUUGACGAGGAGCUCGAGCAGUUGCGGAAAGCCAACAGGCAGUUGGAGAGCGACCUGAAAGAGGCGAAGGGCUUGGCGGACCAGACGCAGAUCGAGGCUGAGCGACGUUGGCGGCGACUCGAGGUGGCGCAAGCCAAGGCCUCCGCUUUGGAAAAUGCUCUCCAACUGUCCAACCGGCACGCCGAAGACCUGAAGCAAGCAGCGAAGGAAACCGAAAGACGAAACGCGCAAGCAAUCGCCGAGCUGCAGCUGAACUGCAAGUCCUUGGACGAAGCGGUUGAAACGAAAAGCAAGGAAAUCCAAGACCUGACGGAACGACUCGUCGCAGCUGAACGCGCCAGCCAGGUGGUGUCAGAAGAGAAGCGAAGUUUGGAGAUUGCAGUGAAGGAAUGCGACGAAAAGAUUGCGAUGCUGGGCGAGCGAAUUGCCGAGCGUGACAAGGAAAUGCAUCUGCGCGGAACUGAGCUGAUUUCGGGCAUGCAGCAGUGGAUUGCCUUCUACGAACAGGAAAUCGAACAACUCAAGGCGCAGCUUUCGCAGGCGGAAAUCGCUUCGUCGCGAGCCGCUGAAGAGAGGAAAGGCGUUGAAGAGGAGCUUCUUUCACUGAAGCGGCGCCGCGACGAACUCGAGCAACAGACCCUGCCGCAGCUGACAGAAGACAUUCGGCGCUUGAAGGAGGACGUCGACAGGAUGGAUAAACUUAAGGAGUUGUACGCAGAUGUAGAACUAAAGCGCGUGCAGAAAGAAGAAGACCUGCGAAAGUCGGAGGACCGCUGCAAGCAGCUUCAAGAGGCACUCGAGAGCCAGGCGAAAGCCCACGACGCAGAGAAGGCAGAGUUGAAGGACGCGCAGACAAAGGCCCUCUACUCGUUCAUGGUCCAGAGGGCGCAGCACCAGACAGAACUCGAUCAGAUGGUAGAACAAAUCGCGGGCCUUCGAAGAACAAUUGCUGAGCAAGAGGAGCGGCUUGCAGACACGUCGAAAGACGAGGCGCUCGCGCAAAUGCGGAGUGCCCUCGCGCAGCUGCAGACCGAUUUUGACGAGGUUUCGCAGGCCGAAACAGAAGCCAGCGAACAGCUGAGGUCGAAGCGGGCAGAGCUCGUGAGCUCGCUGGAAACUCACGAGGCAGAGAUGCGCAGUCUGCGCGUCGCUGUUCUGGAGCUGAAGGAGGAGAAAGCGCAGAUGGAAGUGAUUCUUCAGGACAGCCAGAAAGCAAGCAAGCGCGAGGCUGCCGAGGCGUGGGAGCGGGAAACUUUUUUGCGGAAAGAAGCCGAGAAGCAGAAGAGGCGAAUGGAAGAGCUGGAGGAGCGCACCAGCUCGCUCGUUGCCAAAACUCGAAGCCUGAAAGAAGAAAACGAGAAGCUUGCCAGAGAGUGCGAGGAGAAGUUGGAAGCGAUGGAGGUGGUGCACAGUCACGAGAGAGAGACGUGGAGGCGCGACGCGCAGAACUUGCGAAAGGAGGCCGCAGACCGGUUGAGGCGCGAGCAGCAAGCGCUGGCUCUCGCAGAAAAGAGGCACGUGGAAAACACCGACAAACUCCAGCGGCAACACCGAGCAGAGCUCGACGCGGCAAAACUCGCUCUCCACAAGGAGGCCAAGGAGCAGCUCUCCGAUCUCAAACAAAAGUGCGAUGCCGCGGCCGCGCAACGCGCACAGGCGGCGAAGGCGCAGAUGGAAGCUGCGGUUGUGGCACACGCAGCCGAGCGCGAGAACUUGAAGUUGCAGUUCCAGAAACAGAUCGCGGACGUAGAGGCGCAGAUGCGCCGACGCCUCGAACGUUCCCAGCAGAAAGAACAAGAGCUCCUCCAGCAAUACGAAGAGAAAAAACAAGAAAGGGACAUCAAUCCUCUCCUUCCAACUGGAUCUCAUGGAAAACCUGAAAUUCGCGAGUCCGAGGGGCGCCACAGCGCCAUUGAGGCACUUCGGGGCGAAGUCACCGCGCUCAACGGAAGGCUCGAGGACCUCAGCGCCGCGAUGCAGUCAAGCGAAGCCCGUCACGUCGAGGAAGUGCAGCGACUUUGCGAAGAGAACGCCGAGAAGCUGGAGGAGAUGGAACGAUCCCAUACCCAGAAGUGCGCCGACACGGAGGCGCGUUACGAGCAAGCAUUAGAAGCCAAAAAGUACGAAGUGGAGUUCCUGCAGCGGGAGCACGCGCAGCGCCUGGAGAAAGCUCGCAAGGAGGUCAACGACCUCCAUGCCAAGCUGCAGGGCCCUCUUCCGCGGGAGGAAGACUUACAUCUGAUUGCGCUUCUGAACGAUAGGCUCCUCUACUGUGAAGGUCAGAUGGAUUAUCUCCAAGAGAAAGUUCGAACCUACAAGCUCGAGCUGCUCAACAGAGAGACAAAUUACAACAAGCUGUUCAACGCGAACCCCGUCACCGGCGUUGUGGGCCCCCUCGUUCCUCAGAGUUCUACCUCCACGAGACGGAGUGACAGCGGCCCGCCAGCCUCUGAAGACCCCAAGACGCUGCUGUCCAGUCCCGCGUGCCCUGCGCUAGGUGCGCCGUGCGAAGGCGGUUCUUCGAAGCUCGGCGCGCUCGCGAACUUCCUGAAGGAUAAAAUUUCUCAAAAGAAGCUGGUUGGCGCCGACCGGAGACUCUCCGCAUAG